UUUUGCCACGGACUUUGAACAGUCAGGUUGAAGCGGGUUUUCCCGCCCCAGCGCUAUAUAAGUAGCAUGCAGGACCUCUCCAGGUAGCCAGGUAGCUCAGGUGAAAUCCCCUUUUCAUUAGGACUGCUGCAAAAGACUACUCCUCCACUUCAGGGCAAUGGCUCCACGUCCAGAAGUCAGAGAUACCUCUUCUCCCACUCUUGAUGAUGCAGAUACGGCACCCAAAGACUCAGUCGUCCUGCCAGCAUAUUCUACAGAGGACAAGUAUGAGGAUGACCCCUGGAACCUCCCUGAACUGCAGAACAAUGGACUCAAGUGGUCAGAGUUGGAUACCAAAGGGAAGGUUAUGCGGGUUCUGACUGCGAUUGUCAAGUUCAUUCUGCUGGUUGGAUUUCUCUACAUGUUCGUUUGCUCUCUAGACGUCCUGAGCUCUGCUUUCCAGCUAGUUGGAGGUAAGGCAGCUGGGGACAUCUUCCAGGACAAUGCGGUGCUGUCCAACCCUGUGGCUGGCCUGGUGAUUGGAGUGCUGGUCACAGUGUUAGUCCAGAGUUCCAGCACGUCCUCCUCUAUUGUGGUCAGCAUGGUGUCUUCUGGAUUGCUGGAGGUCCAGUCUGCAGUGCCAGUCAUUAUGGGAGCCAACAUUGGAACCUCAGUCACCAACACCAUUGUGGCCAUGAUGCAGGCAGGGGACAGAAAUGAGUUCCGCAGGGCGUUUGCUGGUGCCACAGUGCAUGACUUCUUCAACUGGCUGUCUGUGGUAAUCCUGCUGCCUCUGGAGGCAGCUACUGGUGUCCUGUACAAACUCACCAAGAUCGUCAUCGACUCCUUCAACAUCCAGGGGGGAAACAACGCCCCUGACCUGCUCAACGUCAUCACCGACCCUCUCACCGAUGCCAUCAUAGAGCUGGACAAAAAUGUAAUCCGUGACAUUGCCACCGGUGACCCAGCAGCCAGAAACAAGAGUUUGAUUAAAAUCUGGUGCAAAACAGAGAAAAUCACGACUCUUGUGAAUAUAACAGUUCCCUCAGCUGCCAAUUGCACGACCGGUGCCCUCUGUUGGGUGGAAGGCAACAAGACAUUGACCCAGAUAAAUGUCACUGAAACAAUCAAUCUAGAGAGAUGCAACCAUAUCUUUGUUUAUGUUAACCUGCCUGACCUGGCUGUGGGCAUCAUUCUGCUGGCCCUGUCCCUUCUCAUCCUCUGUACCUGCCUCAUCCUCAUUGUCAAGCUGCUCAACUCCAUGCUUAAGGGACAGGUGGCUGUGGUCAUCAAGAAGGUGCUCAACACAGACUUCCCUUUCCCCUUUGGCUGGGUCACUGGUUACAUUGCCAUCAUGGUCGGAGCAGGAAUGACCUUCAUUGUCCAGAGCAGCUCUGUCUUCACCUCUGCAAUCACUCCCCUUGUUGGUAUUGGUGUUAUUAGCCUUGAGAGAGCUUAUCCCCUGACAUUGGGCUCAAAUAUCGGCACAACUACCACUGCUAUUCUUGCUGCUAUGGCUGCUCCUGGAGAAACACUGGCCAACUCUCUGCAGAUUGCACUGUGCCAUUUCUUCUUCAACAUAGCGGGGAUUCUGCUGUGGUACCCCAUCCCCUUCACUCGGAUCCCCAUCCGCUUGGCCAGAGCCCUGGGGAACCACACAGCCAAGUACCGUUGGUUCGCAGCGCUCUACCUCUUACUCUGCUUCUUCCUCAUGCCCCUGACCAUCCUGGGGCUCUCCCUGGCCGGCUGGCAAACCCUGGUUGGGGUGGCCGUACCCAUCGUUGUCCUCGCCAUCUUCAUCAUCGUUGUUAACCUGAUGCAGGCACGUUGUCCUCAGUACCUGCCCAGCGGGCUGCGUGACUGGGACUUCCUGCCCCGCCCCCUGCACUCCAUGGCCCCCUGGGACCAUGUGGUGACAUCAGGCAUGGCCUUCUGCGGCGCUCACUGCUGCUGCUGCUGCAAGGGCUGCCAGAGUUCUGAGGAUGAAGAGAAGGGUUUGCAGGAGAGGAAGAAGAGUCUGGAGAUAUAUGAUAACCCAGUCCUAACCAGAGACGAUGAGCCGCAAGAGACCUCCAAGGAAACUAUGAAAGCUACACAGCUCUAACACAGUUAACAUAUUUAUCUAUAAGACACAUAUAACCUAUUUGUAACAUGUUUGUAAUUCUCCAAGUUUGCUUUGGCUUUAUGGAGUUAACCAGUCUCUGUUUCGGUGAUAUUGUAUCAUGUGGUGUAAGCCUGAACAGGGAAACUGCACAUCUUGUAGGAAAACAUCACCAAAAAGUGAGUGUCCACUGUAUAUACACUGAGUAUACUAAACAACAGGAACACCUUCCUAAUAUUGAGUUGCACCCCCUACCCCCAUGCUCUUCAUGACAUAGACUGACCAGGUGAAUCCAGGUGAAAGUUAUGAUCUCUUAUUAAUGUCACUUGUUAAGUCCACUAGAAUCAGUGUAGAUGAAGGGGAGGUCGACAGGUU